AUGACAGCUGCGCCCCGAAGGACGCCCAGGACCUUAAAUCAAGUCCCUCCCGAAAUCUCCCAGGACCCGGACAUCCUCGCCGCUAUCGACCUCCUCCCAAAGAAUUAUUCGUUCGAGAUACCCAAAACCAUCCACCGCAUCCGCACCUCCGGCGCAAAGCGCAUAGCCCUCCAAUUCCCCGAAGGCCUCCUCCUCUUCGCAACAACAAUUUCCGACAUCCUCACACAGUUCUGCCCAGGAACAGAGACUCUUAUAAUGGGUGACGUUACCUACGGCGCAUGCUGCAUAGACGAUUACACGGCCCGCGCUCUCGGCUGCGACCUCCUCGUCCACUACGCGCACUCCUGCCUAAUUCCCGUGGACAUAACAAAGAUUAAAACGCUCUACAUAUUUGUCGACAUUAGCAUCGAUACAACACACCUCCUCGCAACCCUCGAGCGCAACUUCCAACCCGGAAAGACAAUUGCCACCGUCGGCACAAUCCAAUUCAACGCAACCCUGCACGGCCUCAAGCCCGUGCUCGAACGCGCCGGCUUCAACGUUGUCAUCCCGCAAAUCACCCCGCUCUCAAAGGGCGAAAUUCUAGGCUGCACCUCACCCACGCUAUCCAACCAGCAAAUCGACUACCUCCUAUACCUCGGUGACGGCCGCUUCCACCUCGAGUCCGCUAUGAUCCAUAACCCCUCAAUACCCGCCUACCGCUAUGAUCCUUACUCCCGCACUCUCAGCCGCGAAUCCUACGACCACACCGAAAUGCAUACCCUCCGCCGCGACGCCAUUUCCACCGCCCGCUCCGCAAAGAAAUGGGGCAUCAUCCUCGGUUCUCUUGGCCGGCAGGGAAACCCGCAUACUAUGGCCAUGAUCGAGUCGCAUCUUACCGAGCGGGGGAUUCCAUUCGUCAAUUUACUUCUCAGCGAGAUCUUUCCCGGGAAGUUGGCGGCCAUGUCCGAUGUGGAGUGUUGGGUGCAAAUCGCUUGCCCACGACUGAGUAUUGAUUGGGGCUAUGCGUUCCCGAGGCCACUCUUGACGCCAUACGAGGCCCUUAUUGCGCUAGGGAUUCGGGAGGGCUGGGAGAAGACACAUGAGGGUGUUUACCCGAUGGACUUUUAUGCCAAGGAUGGGUUGGGACGCACAAAGCCGCAGACCGUCCAGGCAGCCUAA